AUGGAACAAGAGGUCCUUUUAUCACAAGAAUUUCAAAAAGUUCUUCUUGCUUCAGAACCCAAGAAGAAGUCAAUUAGUAGUAGUAUCUCUUCGACUCAAGAUGAACACGGGAAAUCAAAUAUUACCAAUGGAGUUGAUUUUGGCACUCAAGAUGAUGCAUUUGAAUUAGAUCCUCAAUCUUUUGAUAAAUGGGUCCCCUUUUUAAGAAAUGCUGUUGAAAAUGAUCAAUUAAAUGCUAUCAUACAAGAAUUAGAUACGUCCAUUGAUGAUAAUUUUCAAGGUUUAGAAUUACAACUUUUACAAGAUUCACAAAUAAAUGAUAAAUUAGAAUCAUCAGUGAAUGAAAUAUCAAAUAUUCAAAAUACAAUCGAUUCAUCCUUAUCUAAAGGUAUGGCAGAAUUACAAGAACAAUUAUCUCAGACUACAAACGAUUUGAUUGUAAAGAAACAAAUUUUCGUCAAUAAUAAAAAGACAUCAAUGAAAAUUUCAGAGGCUAUUAUAUUAAUUACUAAAGUUAUAAGGAUAUUAAGUCUUUCCAGUAAAUGUCAAGAAUUAAUCGUUGAGGGGAAUUUUUUCAAAGCUUUACAGAACUUAGAUAAUCUAGAAAAAUUAUAUCUUCAAGAAUUUAGAAAUUACAAUUUCCAAUUUUUGAAAGAAAUUUAUGAAUCUAUCCCAUAUUUGAAAUCCGUCACAAAGGAUGAAUGUCUUAAUCUAAUAAGAAAUUCAUUAAAUUCAAAUCUAGGUAAAAAUUUAACUACUGUAGGUGAAAAAUUUAUUACAACUUAUCAAUCUGAUUUAUUAAUUGAUUGGAUGGAAAAGAAAAAAUCAAUGAAUUUGGAAAGCUUUAAGUUUAAUUCACCCGUUGAAAUUUCAAUGAGAGAUCAAACCAUUUUACAAACUUUAAAUCUAGAUAAUUUUUUCCAUAUUGAAGAAUUUUAUGAUUCCAUUAUGAUUUUUCAAAGCUUAAACGAAUUAGACUAUUUAUUUACUGAAUUUUCUAAAGAAUAUGAAUUUAGAAAAUCCAAGAUUAUUUAUCCAUUAUUAUGGAAAAGAACAUCAAACUCUAAGACAAAUGUCAUCCCGGGCGAUAUAUCCACUGAUACUUUUACCAAACAAAUGAAUAUGACAUUUUUAAAGGAAUAUUUGUGGAAAAUUUUAGGUUUUCUAUUAUAUGAUAUUAAUUUACAUAAAUCAACUGAUUUUGUCCUAGUAGAUAAUAAUUAUAAUGCAACUAAUGAUUUUUGGGAUGGAUUAAUGUCACGUCUUUUACCAUAUAUAAGGCAUUUCAUAAGAACUGGAUUGACCACUGAUAAAGAUUGGAUUGAGUUUAAAGAUUUCCUUUGCAUAUACGUGGCAAUUUUAGAAAAUUAUAAGUUAAAUAUCGAACCAUUAUAUUCCAUUCUAAUAUUAUUAUUUGAAAGUUAUUGUGAUAUCUCGAUAAAGGCAUUUGAUGAUGAAUUUGAAAUAUUAUUAAAUGAUGAUGAUUUUAUGCCACUAACCAUUAAUGAUAAAUCAUUAUUUGAAAAGGUGGCUCAAAUUUGUUGGAUGAAAGAUGAUGAAAAUAUUAAACCAACGAUUGACAAUGAAAAUACAGGUGAAUUUAUGGUUACGUUACCAUUUUCACCUCUUUACCCAAUGACAUGUACUUUAACUAAGAAAACAUAUUCUAAAUUAUCCUCAUUUGUUACCAUCUUUUAUCGACAUCAAUUGCAUACAUUAAAUAAAUUGAUGGUUAAGACUAUUGAUAGAAUAUUCACUGAUGUGGUUAACAAGAAAAUCCGUUCCAAACUGGAAAGUACAUCAAGAGAAGAGAUUGCACAAAUUUUAAUUAAUUUAGAUUAUUUUAUCAUUGCUGCCAAAUCAUUUAGUAAAUUUAUGACGAGGGAUAACCUUAUGCAAAAUCCAGACAUUGAAAUUAAAUUAUCAUCAAUUAAAAAUUAUUCAGAAAGUAGGAAACUCGCUGAAACUAAAUUGAUUAAUUUAAUUGAUUCAAAAGUUUCUGAUAUUAUGGAAACAGUUGAUUUAGAUUGGACAUCAAAUACAAUACGACAAGAUCCAGAUAUUUCCAUUGUCGAUUUAGCACAAUUUCUUGAAAUGAUGUUUGCUUCCACUUUAGUCAAUUUACCUUAUAGUGUUCAAAUAUUAUUAAUUUUCCGUGAAUUUGAUUCAUUAACGAAACGAUUUUUAGAUAUAUUAUUACAUGAUACCCCCGAUCUUAUUACAAAGAUAAGUAUAUUAAAUUUUGAAGUGGAUAUAAAAUAUCUAGAAGGUAUUAUCCCGAAAAUUUUCCCUAAUCAUGAUGGAAGCGGGAAUAUGGAUUUCGUUGAAACGUCGAGCAAUUUCCCAACUCCAAUGACGCCAAUGUCACCUACAUUUAACCAUAGCAGUGAAAAGCAUUCACCUGAAUUAAUUGAAAAUAAUGUUAAAUCAUUAGAAGAAACAUUUAUUGAAUUGAAACAGUACAUUGAUCUUUUAAAAUCAGAUAAUUUGGCUGAAUAUAUGAUGGAUCCAGAAGUUAGAAAUAGGAAAUAUCCCCGUGUUAAGUUUGAUAAUGCAAAUUUAUUGAUACAUAAGAUUGAGAAGUCACAAAACUUGUUGGAUUCAGCAAAUACUGAUGAUCAAGCUGAUGAUAACAGUAGUGUGUUUACAAGAGAUUUUAUUGGUAAUAAUUCUAGCUCUAGUAAAAUUGCCAAAUUCUUCAACAGACGAUAA